AUGUUUCCUACAGGGUUCGUUCAUCCUAUGAACGGACUUUUUACACCUCAAGUAUUACUAGCACAUGCUCAAGCUCAAGCUCAAGCACAAGCACAAGUCAAUGCUUCUGCAGUGGCCGUCAACAUGCAGAGAGCGGCUCUAAUGAAUGUCACUAUGCCAAUAUCCAGACCACAACAAGUUCCUAUGCUAAUACCACAGACAUUAAACACUUCUGAAGAAGCAUCUACAGAAAGUCCGCAACCACAGCAAUCGCAGAAUAGUGUUUGGCAAGAAUCAAUUGCAACUGAUGGUAGAGUAUAUUAUUAUAACAAACAAACAAAGGAGUCUACAUGGACAAAGCCUGAUGAGCUGAAAACUGCACAAGAGCGCGCAACCUCUUCGAGCGUGUGGAAAGAGUACAGAACACCGGAUGGUAAACCUUAUUAUUACAACUCAACCACGAAAGAGACCACGUGGAUUAAGCCGGAAGAUUUCGACGAUGGUUCAGAGAGAAAAGAUGAAGCCAAAGAAGAAACUGAGAUGGAAAAGGCUAUGAAAGCCACUUUAGCUGCUAUGCUCGCAAGCUCCUCUGGGAAGCCACAAGAAGAGGAUACGACAGAAUCUGAUGAGCAGUCGUUAAAACGUCGCCAAUGCGAAGUUUUCCGGGAUCUGUUGAGGGAUAAGUACAGAGACGGAAGAAUAACAGCGACUGGAUCGUGGGAACAAACUGUGAAACAUAUUCAGAACGAUCCUCGGUUUAGAAUUCUAUCGAAGGUAUCUGAGAAAAAACAACUAUUCAACGCUUGGAAAGUCCAAAAACAAAAAGAAGAACGGGAUGAAAAGAGAUUGGCUAUUAAGAAAGCAAAAGAAGAUCUUGAAAAAUCUCUACAAGAGAACUCUAAAAUGAAACCAUCACUAAAAUACGGCAAAGCUAGAGAAAUAUUUUCGAAAGACCCGGUUUGGCAAGCUGUUCCGGAUGAGGAUAGACAAGAAAUUUUCCGCGACGUCCAGAACUUCAUUGUUAGGAAACAGGACGACCAGGAAAAGACAGUACGAAAGCGUAACAUCAAAGCUUUGGCUGAAAUUCUGGAUAGCAUGGAUCAAAUAACAUACAAAACAACAUGGCCUCAGGCUCAACGCCUUCUCAUUGAGAAUCCACAGUUUGCUGAAGAUGUCACUUUGCAAAGUAUGGAUAAAGAAGAUGCGCUGAUUGUAUUCGAAGAGCAUAUUCGCACUGCUGAAAAAGAGCAUGAGAAUGAAAAAUCUAUAGAGGACAGAAGAAUCAAACGUCAGGAGCGGAAAGUCCGCGAAAACUUCCAAACGUUCUUACAGGAGUUACACAGAAAUGGUGAAAUAACAUCUAUGUCUCUCUGGUCUUCCCUCUAUCCCACUAUAGCUGCUGAUGCUCGUUUUGAUGCUAUGCUCACACAGACAGGAUCAACUCCUCUUGAUUUAUUCAAGUUCUACGUUGAAGAAUUGAAAGAACAAUAUGGCCAGGAUAGGCGAGUCAUCAAAGGAAUACUCAGUGAUCUUGGAAAGACUGUAACGGUUCAAACAAGUUUUGAAGACUUCGGAACUUGGGUUACUUCCGAUGAAAAAGGAGCUGCUGUAGAUCAUGGUAACAUGAAACUCUGCUAUAACUCUCUGAUUGAAAAGGCUGAAUCGAAAGAGAAAGAAGUUGAGAGAGAAGAGUCACGGAAGAAGAAACGACUGGAAAGUGAAUUCAGGAGUCUGAUUCGUGCUGUGAUACCUGUUAUGGAACCCGAUACCGAAUGGGCUGUUGUUAAGCCAAAACUUGAAAAGGAGAAGGCUUUUGCAGCAUUGGAAUCUGACGAAGCUCGUGAAAAGUGUUUCGAAGACUAUAAAGCAUCCUUGUUGGAUUCUUGUAGUCAUCACCAUGCAGCAUCGAAGAAGAAGAAGAAGGAAAAAAGAAGAAAGAGAGACUCAGAGUCAGAUGGGGAAAUUAGAGAGAAGAAAAAGAAGAAGAAAAGUGGUAAAGAUAGCAGUGAUGACGAGCGUUCCAGCAAAAGGAAAAAAUCCUCGAGGAGGCGAUCUCAUUCUCGAUCAGUUUCACGAAGUGAUGAUGAGAGAAGAAAGCGGAGCCAUAGUGUUUCGGAUUAG